UCCGCUGGAUUUCAAUUUUCGUUUUUUAACCUCUUUUGAAAUUCGGCUUCACUCCACGGCUGGAGAUCGCCGGAAUUCGCUAUCGCCAGCCGGCGACAGUAUAGCAUCAACAUGGCGGUGGAUUCGUCGACUUCUGUAAUCGAUUCUCUGUUGGAGAAGCUCAAGCUUGAUGAUCCAUGGGUUCCUCCCAGAUCGUGGGACUCCUUGCCCUACCUAGCCGGCGCGUCUUCCAAAUCUCCUUCUCACUCUCCUCCUGCUCUAUAUUCUACUUCGAUUGUUUCUGAACCCAGUCUGGUGAGAUUGGCAAUGAAUGCUCUUCAUGGUGUUGAAUCAGCUUUGAUAUCUAUUGAGAAGCUCUCAGCUGUACUUUGUUACAGCUCUGCAGACAGAUCUUCAUGUCGUAUUCCAAAUUUGUGGGCUAGGUCUUCAAGUACUACUGCUUUAGGGAACUUACUGGUUUCCAUUGGCCAUCUUGGUUGUUUAGUCUUCAUCCUUCAUAGAUUUGUCAAGUACUUCACGGCUCCCGAUGUUGUUGGGAUAAAUGGGCUUGAGGGAAGCCCCAACACUAAUUCAUGCAAUGGAGAAAAGUUACCUCAGAAUAAUCUCACUUUGAUUAACCAGGCUUUUGCAAUUUCUGUUGGGAAGGUUGUGGAUGGUUAUAUAUCAGCUCUUAAUACCUUAUCUGCAUCUGUUAAACUAAGGCGUCAUUUGAAAACUAAUGUUGGAGGUUCUCUUACUUGUAUUGGGCAUCCAGAAAUUACACUCUUGGAGGUUUACCUUCAUACAAUGGGGUUAAGUACUCAGAUUGAGGCACUUGGAAAUAUCUGCAAUGUUAAUCAUCUAAUUGUUGAUUUUCCCGUGUCAUCUUUAGAAUACAUGAAGACUAAAGCAGACAUUGAGUUCAGCACCUUCCCAAGAAGUGGUGCUUUACUCUCAUUUCUGUAUGCCCAACUGAAGAUUGCUGAUCCUGGAAAUCUUGCCACCCUGAAGUUCCUCUUUAUCCGAUCAUAUGAACCAUAUUCUGACUUUAUUAGGACAUGGAUUUUUGAUGGAUCAGUCAAUGACCCAUACCAUGAAUUUGUUGUGGAGUGCAUCAAUGAGCAUUCUUCAAAUAACAAUGGUAUUUCCUCUGGAUCACCUUUGCCCACCAUUAGGGUUCGAGAUGCAGCUCUUUUGCCAUGUUUUCUUGAAGAGUGCCUUAUCCCACUUUGUAGAACUGGCCAGCAACUUCAAGUAAUUACGAAGUUGCUGGAGCUAUCGAAUAAUGUUGGUACUUAUGAUGCUCACGAAGAGAUCCUCCCCUCGUUGGUUGGUUUGUCCAGUGAUCAUCUAUGGUUUCAAAUUCCACUCUCAUUUAGAAAGGGAACUAUAGAAAGAAUGAUUCACAUGAGAGCCAAUUAUUACCAUCAGUUGCUGGAAAAGGUUGAAAGCAUUCUAAUAAAACUUGAUUUUAGUGAACAGGUUGCUUGUCAAAGUGUUUCGCUGAAACUUUUGAAUAAUCUUAAAAAGAACCAGAACCUUCUAGCAUCUUCUACUUCAGAUGAAAACUUGUCCUCUCCAACUUAUAGAAGAAACCAGCAUGUGAAUGGAGUGACAGUGUAUGAUGAUGUAUCAAGCACCAUGGAUGAGUACUCUUAUAAUGAAUAUUGUUUAGAGUCAUCUGAGUGCUCAUCUUCUGAAGGAUACGAGGAGCAAAAUGAGGUUGAAAAGAUAAAUUUUGCAUCUGGCUGUGUGGAGCCAACUUAUUUAUCUGCCUUGCACUUCUCCUCGGGUAUAAUGACUGAAUAUUCAAUAGAAAGCCUCAAAAAACAUGAGAUCCUUGAGGCAGACUCAGUCAAAAUAAAGUGGAAUCCUGGAAAUGCUGCAUUUUUGUCCCCGUCAUUGAUUAGUGAGAAGAACUUCUCAGAAACUUCUGAAAUCUGGGCCAAAGAGCUUCAUUUAUACCCAUCUGAUGGUCAUGACAGUGACCAGAAGAAAUGUGAUGCACAUUUACAUCCAACUUAUCAAUUGGAGCGGGGGGCAGAAGAUUGUGUGCUGCUGAAAACUAAGGUAGGAGUCUCUGAAGUGCCUGAUAAAGAUCACCAUCUGCACUUACUAGAUGCAUCCUCAAAAGCCUUCCGUAUGUCAGAACUUAAAUAUGAUUCUACUUUUUUCAGUAUGAAUCCAUUGCUGAACAGAGGUUCUAUUUUAAACUUAAGAGCUAUUUUUGGAGAACGAUCUCAUGCAACUUAUAAGAAUUCCUACUUUCACUUUAAUUCUGUACAAGACCCAUUGGAAGCAUGCAAUGCCAAAUUGGCAGGCGAUCGUGGUCAUGAAUUUGUGACUCAGCUUAUAACUGAAACUUCUUCUGGGGCAAUUGAUUCAUGUGGUCAUACUGGUGGAGAAAUAUCAAAUGAUGAUGCCAUAGAGAAAAAUGCCGAAUUGUAUAAUACUAAUUCACCUCUGCAUAAAGAGAGCAGGGAUGAAGAGAAUUUAUUGUUUCCGAAUACUUCCGGUGGAGGUGCUUGGGAGAGCUUGCUUGGUAAAUAUAGAAAUGUUGGUAACAGAUCCACAGAAGUCUGCCAGAUGGAAUCAGCGGGUGAAGCAGAUUUGCCUUUGGAUUUUGUGAUUAAAAAAUGUGUGAUGGAUGAAAUUUUGCUUCAAUACGACUAUGUCAGCAAACUGACCAUCAAGCUGCUCAUAGAAGGAUUUAAAUUACAAGAACAUUUGCAGGCAUUGCGAUGCUAUCACUUCAUGGAACUAGCAGAUUGGGCUGAUCUUUUUAUCAUGUCUCUCUGGCAUCAUAAAUGGCAUGUAAAUGAUGUGGAGAAGAGGAUCCCGGAGAUUCAAGGGGUUCUUGAGCUAGCACUUCAAAGGUCAUCAUGUGAAUCAGACCCUAAUAAAGAUCGUCUAUUUGUGUACCAUAAAGGAGAUGAAGUUAAAGAUUUAUUGACUUCUCAUGUGGGAAUCCACUACUUCGACUUUUUGGGUCUGGGCUAUCGAAUUGAUUGGCCAGUCAACAUAAUUCUUACUCCGGGUGCGCUGGAUGCAUACUCUGAGAUUUUUAAUUUUUUAAUACAAGUCAAGCUUGCUGCUUUCUCACUUAGCGAUGCUUGGUCUUCAUUGAAGGGUUAUCAUUUGAAGAAGUGUGACGCAGAAGUGCACCAUUUUUCAUUAUUAACUGAAACAAGGCACAAGCUUAACCAUUUUGUAUCUACAUUACAGCAAUAUGUUCAGUCACAACUAUCACAAGUAUCAUGGUACAGAUUUCUACACUCCCUCAAGCACAAGGUCAAAGACAUGACUGAUCUGGAGUCAGUACAUAUGACUUAUUUGUCUGAGUCCCUGCUCAUAUGCUUUCUAUCCAAGGAGACACAGCCUAUUGCUGGCAUUAUCCGGAGCAUCUUGCAGUGUGCAAUUGAUUUUCGAUCUUGCUUGAAUGGAAGCAUGAUGGGAUAUGGAUCCAGUGAUGCAAACUUGACCAACCGACUUCAUAUAGAUAUCGCACAGGUUCACUCUAUAAGAUCAGCAUUCGCAAAGAAUGUCGAGGACCUUUAUUUAAUUUAUGUCCAGUCCCCUAAACACAGUGAAUUCAGUGUUUCUCGCUUCUGGGAUUACCUUAAUUACAACGAGUAUUACGGAGGGGCAAUGAGUAAGAAGAUGGGCAAUAGCAUCUUUAGUCCGUAGAGAGAUUUGGGGAGCCUUCUACCACAACAGAAUGCAUGACCAAGUGGCACAAUGAUUUGUAUUUUCCUGAAAAAUCCAUUUCCUCCCAACUAGAUGUUAAGUUUAUGUGGUGCUGCUGUAAUAUCCUCUUAGCAUCUUUUCUUCAUCGAUUCAAUAUGUAUUUGUUUGGGAUGCUGUUGAACUAUGCACACCCUGUUGCUACUAAUACAUCUAUCGUGCGUAUUGAAUGACAACACAACGUUCCACCAUUUUUCUACAUAUUGCACGUGCACUUAAUUGAAGACUCUUGAAUAUUGACGCGCAUAAGAUGUUGAUUGUUUGUCUUCUCCAUGUUAUAUACAAGAUAUGUUGUCUUUUCAUCUAAGUAUUAUGUUAUGAAUUCAAAUGAUCUGUGGCGUUGCUCUUGAAACCAUUGAAAGACAUUCGGUGUGUAGAACAUAGCUGUAGAUUUCAUCAAUGAGUUGAACAUAUGAUUUGCAGCCAACCGUCUAUCCCGUGCGAAUAAAUUUUGUUGUUCUUUUUCUCUAUGAUUCUCCACCACUCUUUGAAAUUGAUGAAGAAAUUGAAUAAUAUUACUGUCUGGCUGUAAAAACCUGUCCAGCAUAUUCACGUUCAUUCAACAACAUAUAUGAAUAAUACACUUAGCAUACUAAUCUAUUAAUUUCAGCAGACGAGCCAAGUAAAGAAGCAUGUUCAGUUGUAUAAAGCAUAGGGGCUUGUAGGUUGUAUUUUAAACCUUUUCAAUGAGAAGUUAAAUUAUUCACUUAGUUGUGUUGUUCUCAUCCAUGCAGUAAAGUAUUGUCUUGUCCAAGCCGAAUACCAUUAUUGUCUCAAUGAUAAAUAUUUAGUAGCCACUUAUGAGGCCCUUUGGGGAAGUACCUGUAACAUAUAUUCCCAUUGAAAGUUGAAUUGGUUUUCAUCAUGUACCCUGUAGAGAAUAUGUUGAAACAUCUCAGCAAACCUGUGUACAACGCAAGUAGAGUAGUUGUAAUUGGUAUCUUCGAUUAUCAAAUUCAUCAUUUAAUUGUAAUAAUUCCAACAUACCUUGCAGUGUAAAGAGCAAUGAGAUUUUUUUUGGCAUUUUGUACAGCAUGCAUGUGCACAGAGCAUGGCAUGUCGUUGACAUUGUCCCUUUUAGUGUUGGAGCCAUAGCCAAAUCUUGAUCCAUAAAAAUAGUUUUCGGUGCUUGUCCGCUAUGCACUUUAAGAAGGUAUUGAAAACCCAUUUGAAUGAAUCUUGUGUUUCCUCGUACAACAAUGCUGUCCCAAAUAUAGAUGUUUGACGGUGGUUAUUAAAUCCUACGAAAACACCUGAUGGUGCAAUAUUGUUAGUAUGUGGUAUCAAACGUAAUAGAACCCCCAAACAAUGCGUAGUCUUCCCUCAUUUUAGCAUUUGACCAAAAUAUAUUAGUAAUCUUAUCUUCAUAAUCGACCUCAAUUUCAUUAAAAAAAAAGGAUUAUCCACUGAUCUUUGGCCAAAGUACUGCAGUAAUGCAUUUGCUUCGCGCUCUUUGAAAAUUUCUUUCCUUAUUUUCUCCAUGUGAUUCUUCAGAUCCAACUUCAGAAAUCCCACGCUUUCCUUUCCCCCAGCAG